AUGUAUGUUCCAGAUCUUACAAGCGUGGCGGAAGCCAUUAAGCAAGCUCUGAAUACGACGACAUUACUGCCAUCAUCGCAUUCGCCACAUUCGACUGAAGAGGCACAAACGGGAGCGGAAACACAGACAGCAUUCACGACAUGGUUGGGCAGGAGCAGAGUACGAGGCCGGAGGAAAGCAAGCGUUCCGCUUGACGCGAUGAUAAAUUCUGAGAAAGUAGACUCCGCAUCUAUUGCAACUGAAGAGCCUCCAAACCCCACGCCAACAGAAGCAUCGCUACCUGCCGCAGACGUCUCGAAACGCCAACUCCAAGGGGGCUCCGUAAUCGUCGGAGCUCCCGUAAGCGCGACAAGAACAACCACAAUCAAAUCCACCAGCGUAAUCGAGCGAACCACAACAGUCAAUGGCGAGACUCGCACAACAUCCAGUGACACAGUAGCGACUGUAACGAGAACAGUCACAGAAUCGCAGUCCUCGUCGACUGGGACGCCAGGUACAACAGCGUCGGCCAGUCUCACAGGGACUUCCACUGCGAAUGCAUCGACACCAGUUUCUACUGUUACUGCACCAUUAGCGACUCCACCUCCUGAGUGUCCGCAAGCUUCGCUGGACCGGUUUACAGAUAGUGCGGGAAUACCAUAUUUGAUCAAAUGCUCAACGACGAAUGCGGGCGCUGCGUAUGAGCUGGUGAAAGUCGAUAGAGGCGGGUAUGGGCAGUGCUUUUCGUCUUGUUCGUACCGAGCCGAUUGUGUCGGGUUCUCAUUUGUCGGCAACGACUCUGGAAUUUGCUAUCUUCGAAAUGAGCAAUCGUCGGGCGAAGAGAGUACGGCGCUUGUCGCUUCAUACGUGACAUGCUACAAAGUCGAUCCCGCUGCCGUUGCGAGUGGUGAGCCAAAGUCCGAUUCGAGCUCAGGUGGGACCAACAUCGGAGCGAUCGCAGGAGGCGUUGUGGGUGGCAUUGCAGGACUCGCGCUCCUGCUGCUACUGAUAGCGUUCCUGACACGGCGGUACCGGCGAAAGGUCGAUGAACGACGAGAGAAGCGCAAAGUCGGACGUCCGAUGCUUUCGCCACAAGACACAUAUGAUGGCUUUCACCACAACCCCAACGUAACGACAGUAACGGCAGGCCUCCAUCAGCGAUCAGGAAGCACAGCAAAUGAUGUUUAUAUGUCGGCAGGAGGUUUCCAGCGUCCAUCCGAAAUCCAGAAGAGUGCUGAUCCUUUCGGCAAUGUCCCAGGCGACCACCCAUAUGGCGCGCAUGCAAGCCGGUAUCAAGCGUACCACCCCGGGUCUCGAGCGGAGAACGAUGGAGCAGUGUUGAGAGCCGGCGCUCUAAGAUACCCUCAGAUGCUCGACGGCACGCCGGUGGCAUCCAAGUCCAGUCUUGAGAAGAGUGGUUCCAGAUCGAGCGUGUUUGUGGAGCAUAUGAUUGAAAUGGAAGACACGUCUGCUCGUCGAAGCCCAGUAAGCCAGGAGUCUCCAAUCCUUGGCCGCCAGAACCCUCCAGAAGAUCUCUCGAGAGAUGUGCGGCGAAAUCAGCAUAUUCUGGCCUGGAAUCGGCCAGAGGGCGGCAACGAUGCGCCGAUGUCAGCAAAUUUGACGCCUCGAACACCCCCUUCAGCAAGGCUCAACACUCCGAGAAGAAGUUCCGUUGCUCAAGAUUUGCCGCGGCAGAGAAGUUUUGAGAUCAGUCCACUGAGAGAUGAAAGACCCUCUCCACGGCAAGAGCCUGAGGUCCCGGAAACGCUGGGCAGUGGCGUGUAUAGACCAGUAUAG